AUGACGGGUGGCACCAAAGGUCUCGACUUUUUCAUUCCUCAGUGGGCGCGGCCAACACGGGAUUGGUGCAAGGGAGACGGAAGUUUGGAUGCUGAGCUAACUGAUGUGGAUGACCCGUCAUGGGGUGUGCUACGGGUGGUGUGCGACGAAGAGGGAGUGCAGAACAAAGCACUCCAUUUUCUGAGUUCCUAUGUUGGGUUGCGCUUGGCGGUGACACCGGAGACAUGUCACCCCAAGUGGAACGCAUUUCGUCGUGCAGCUGACCACAGUCAGUUACAAUUCGAUUUGAUGAGGUUGACAAUUGCCUGUAACUAUGGCCAUGGGACCAGACUUACUGGAGAGCGUGCUACAAACCGACGGCUCAUGUUGGAGAGUUAUCUUUCAAAACAAAGCGACGCAUGGUUUGAGGAUAUCAGUGCUGAAAUAGCAGAGGACCGGGGCAUAGAUGUAGCUGAUGCUCAGUCAUGCCGUGCUUUGGUAGAAGACUUUAUGGAAUGUCCGAGUAUCAGAAAAAGAGGUGAUUAUGCGAAGAACAAGAGUUGGUUUGGAGUGCUCAACCUGCUGACUCUGUUGAAAAAUGACUGGACAAUUCUGCGCGAGGCGUCGAACGCCAUUCUUUCAGAUGACACCGACAGCGCCAAUGAUGAUGACAUUGCCGAGCAUCUUGAAGGACCCAACAACUGUGAUGUGUCUCAGCCUGCUGGUGGAGCGCCAGAGUCAGACAUGCCAGGUGCUCCCAUGAGACCAAUGAGUAAAAGUGAGUUCUUCAAGGCUUACAAGUCAAAGGGGUCACAUCAGAUGUAUUGUGACGUGAUGAACGAUCCAACUCUGCGGGCAUCAGCAGAACUCAUCACCCGAAUCUCUAGGCCACUUCACCUUCGCUACCAGUUCGACCUGAAGAGCAACCAGAAGGGCCUUGAUGAGAUCCUGGAGUGGAAUGCACAACGAAGCCUUGGAUCAUCAUUUGCUGUCGUGAGGGAUAUCAUGAAAGUGACUGUGUCCCCAGGUUUGUCAAAAGUCAUGCGAAUGUCACCUCCAUGCAUUCCUCCACUGCCCCCUGACGCUGCAGUACUGGAUGAGGAUUUUAUUCUCAUUGGCAAAGUGUUCCGCUUUGGCGUGCAUUUGGCGGGCAACUUCGCAUGGUCUGAGAUGCUCCACAGGCUUACGUUGCCUUUGGCGGCCAACGCGUUGCUUGCGGGGAAUGAGCAGCACAGGAAACGAGGGAUGUCCCGCUUGAAAAAGAUGGUGGAAGCCAUCUUCACUGCUGAGAACUUGGCCGAGGAAAGACUGGACCUUUCCAGCUGCCUGAAAGACCUGGCCUUCCAGGAGGAAAGCUUCUCUCGAGAAAUCAUGAUCAAUUUGAAGAGGUCUGGCUACAAAUUUGGCCAGCCUGGUACAACCCAAGUAACAAAAGCCAUGACCAAAUUUUCUGGUGGAUCAUCUUCAACCAAAGAAAUACUUGAGUCAACCUUUGGCUAUUUGGCGCACAUCGUGGCGAAAAAUUCCACCAACAAGUCCAUGGCCAUGUCAAACCUUUGGUUUUACCUUACCACCAGUUCUUUUGUGAGGGCAAGUGGGAUGCUGCAGAACAUCCCCAGUCAAUCUGACUGGGUCGCAUGGCUUCCGCGCUAUGGUUUUCAAUCUGGGCUUCCGUCGGACAAUAUGUUUGCAAAUUACAAUCGAGCAUUCCAGGGCUCCAAGACAAAAAUUCCAAAAGCUGAUGAUGUGGACAUACCCAGAAACGCACAAGGGGGAGCCAAGACGCAAUCUGCAGCUGCAGGUGUGUUCUUCUUGAGGGGGCAGAUCUUCUGGGAUUCCAGGAGCAACGACUACUUCCUGAGCCUUGGUUUCCAUGGCUGGUGUGCUCUGGGCGUUCACUUGCGGACGGCAGUGAUUGGCAACCAGAUGUAUGUUUUCCACGAUUCUGGCCAAGCUGAUGAAACUUUGGGCUCUGAUCUACUCUUCAACUUUUCUUUUGGUGAGGAUACCAAGUGGAAAUUCGUGACGCACACCCUCUUGCCCCCUGCUUGCUUGCCAGAGCCGCUCCAUCACUUCGGAUUUGCAUGUCUUGUGCACAACCACCAGGAAUGGAUCCUGAGAGGAACCAUCGAGAACGGUUUGUUCUUGAACAUGCAACGAUUGAAGCAGGUAUGUCACUCACUGCAGAUCAAACCAGCACCAGGGUCAGGGUCUGGCAAAAACGGUGCCUUGAAAAAAGUGGAUUGGGCAAAACUGUUGGUUGCACACAUCUGGCCAAAUUGCAACCAAGAUUUUUUCACAAAAUGCGUCAGCAACUUGUGUGGUCGGAAUCACGAGAAGGUGGACAUUGCAGUUCUUGCAAUGGCCGCAGAAAUGGAUUUAGACAACAAAGAUGCGUUCAAGAACUUACAGAAACAUGCAGAACAUUGUUUGGAAGAACGUGUAUUUGGGCCCGGCCGGUCUUCAGUGAUCAAAAAAACAGAAACUCCAAAGCCUGCAGCCGUGGAGGCUGAUCAGAAAAAAAAUCGAAAAGCCAAGGAACAAGAAAAAACUGCAAAGAAGAAGGAAUAUGAUCGACUGUUCGAUCUCACUCCAUCAGCGCUGAAAGCGCUACUGCCGGGUGGUGGAGAGAUUUCUGGCGUGUUUUGGAUGAGAUUCCACCCCAUCAAGAAGUUUUGGAGAGCCGAUUACCCCAUUGGCUCUUGA